UCUCACGAUUAUACGAAGCAACCCUUUGCUGCGUGAACACGCUGCGCCGGUCGUCGCGAGGCGAGGGCAUGCGUGCAGCCCUGCUAUAUCCAUUACGCUUAUUACAACCCCGACCGCCGCCACUAUCCUUUAACCAUCCGCUCCCUCGUACCACCCACCCUUUUACGUGGAUGAACAUCGAUCGACACCCGACCUGGAACAGUCCGGCCGCCAGAAAAAAAGCUUCUUUUUCGGCAGUGACAAAAGCAACAACGCUACACGUGAUCGUAUAUAGCUGCGCGCGAAACGCGGUUCCACAAUUCACAGGAACAGAAUAUACAGAAGUGACGAAGAAGCACAAGAACGCGACGAAAGGAGGGAAAGGAAUCCGGAGAGAAGUUUCCAUGGACGAGCAGCUGUAUUAAGUGCGCCUAUAGAUUACACUCGGGGAAAAAGUGGAGACCCCGCGCGGCACGCUAAAACGUUUCGGAAAAAAGAUUACCCUAUGCACUUCAUAUGUCAUUCGGCCGUGGCUCGUUCGAGUACACACGCGUGAACACGAGUGUCUUCGCGCGACGCCGCGCAGCUUUUCCGACGGCUGGACGUCGCCAUCUUCGACUCUCGAAGAGUAAAAGUGAUCUUUUUCGAUAUUUGGAGGGCUGAGAAUCAUAAGUCACAUGGAAAUUAUUUUAAGAAAUUCAUAUUUAGAAACUAAUAUUUUUA